UAGGUUAUGUUGUUACUAUUUUAGUUCUAGUCACAGAAAGGUUUUAAAAGUAAUAAUUAUAUAAUGUCAAUCAUAUCAUACGCAUCGACAAUAGUUAAAAGAGUUUCAGCUCUACGGUAUCCAUUGAAAUGUAAAGAAUGUAUAAAUAAUGUUAAUAAAGUUUCAUUUAGUUCGAGUUCGGUCACAGCACGAACUAUUCACGAUGUCAACACAAACGUUGCCAAGGAUGUAAUCCUUUUUAAAUACGAAAAUCCUUCUUUUUAUAAGUAUAUGAACAUAUUCGCUGGAGUUCAAUAUGCAUUUUGGAUGUAUUUAGGUAUAUUCGCGUUUUCAACCUUAAAAGAUGCACCCGUAGACAAAUCGAAGAUAACAGAAGACACUCCAUGGUAUAGAAAAAUAAAUUUGGGAGAAAAUAAAUACAAAAAUACUCUUGGCACCUUGGCUGUGAUUAUUGGGGCAGGAUCCUUAACAAUGAUAUGGAUGUACACCCUUCGUUCCGUGAGAUAUUUAGUUCUCCACAAAGGAGGCAAGCAUGUUUCAUUGGUCACUUACGCUCCAUUUGGUCGCAAUCGAUCCAUGAAAGUUCCCAUUGAAGAUAUUUGCUGUCAGGAAAGAAGGACAGUGGCAAAAGUACAGCUACCUCUCAAAGUGAGAAAUAGAAUGAUGCAUUAUAUGCUGGAUAUGAGGGGAGAGUUUAAAAACCCUUUGCUGUUUGAUUGUACCGCAGGCUUACUCAGGAAAUGGGGGAAAAGUUAGAGAAGAUCAUGUGAUAAUAGAAUAAAUUUCAGCAUCUGACUUUUGGUACAUUUGAAGAUUCACUUAAUCAGGUUUAUUGUAUCACUUGUAAACUAAUAAAAAUAUAAUUUACAUUAUA